CCCCACUUUGUACUCGUGUCACCCAGAGCUGACCUUCACUUGCUGUUCCUCAGUUUUCAUCCCCCCACCAUUGGCAACGUUCAGUCACUAUAUGAGUGCAACUUCCAAACAUGAUCGCUUGACCUAAAAGCGAAAAAUUAGUGAUUGGAGAUUCUAAAUGAGUUUUCGACUCAUACAGCAAUUAUUUGCCACUUGUCGGAUUGAAGAUUUGCAUUUCUGUGGUGCCUUUCACGACCUCGGAUGUUUCAAAAGUGCUUCAAAGUGAAUGUGAUACUUGGGAGCAAAAAAAACAAAGUUGCUGGAAAAGCUCAGCAGAUGAUGCCAGACCUGCUACCUCUGUCUGUGAUUCUCAUUUGUUUGAAUUCAAAAUUUAAGGAAAUUGAAAGUUCAUAAUGUCAAUGAACCAGCACAAACAUCUGUGACCCACCUACUGUUUCAUGAACAUUUCCUCAGAACAGAUCAAUACAUUGUCAUAUUAAUCUGGUUUGAAAGUGCUAAGAUGUCAGAAAGUACAGUGGAUCUCACUAAAUUUGACAUUGCUGCACCUCGUUGGGAUCAGACAACUUUCGUGGGCAGGCUUAAGCACUUUUUCAACAUUACAGAUCCUCGCACAGCGUUAAUGUCAAAUGCAACCCUUGACAAAGCCAAGGAUUUGGUUGACAGUUUCAGAGCAGGGUCUGUGCCUCCAGGUACGACAGAGGAGCAGUUACACUAUGCUAAGAAACUGUACGACUCUGCGUUUCACCCAGACAGUGGAGAAAGGAUGAAUUUAAUUGGGCGAAUGUCAUUUCAGGUCCCUGGUGGAAUGGCUAUCACUGGCUUCAUGCUGCAGUUUUACAGGACAGUUCCAGCUGUGGUGUUUUGGCAAUGGGUGAACCAGUCAUUUAAUGCCUUGGUCAAUUAUACAAACAGGAACGCAGCUUCGCCAAUUACUACAAAACAAAUAGGAGUAGCGUAUUUGACGGCAACGAGCACUGCCCUAGCAACUGCAGUUGGACUGAAUCUAUACACAAAGAAAGCUCCCCCUUUAUUGGCGCGCUGGGUCCCUUUCGUUGCCGUGGCAGCUGCUAACUGUGUGAACAUUCCAAUGAUGAGACAACAGGAAAUAAUAAGUGGAAUUGCUGUGACAGAUGAAAAUGACAAUAAACUGGGAAAAUCAAGGACUGCUGCCGUAAAGGGUAUCACACAAGUAGUAAUCUCUAGAGUUACCAUGGCCGCUCCAGGAAUGAUUAUUCUUCCCAUCAUGAUGGAACAUCUGGAGAGGUAUCCAUUCAUGCAAAGAAUCAAGUUUCUCCAUGCCCCAUUGCAAGUAAUGCUGGUCGGAUGCUUCUUGAUCUUUAUGGUUCCCGCUGCAUGUUCUCUUUUCCCUCAGAGGUGUUCUAUGAAAGCUUCUAAAUUGGAGCCAGAGCUGAGAGAUUCAAUAGCUGCAAAGUAUGGAGACAAAGUGAAAUAUGUCUAUUUCAACAAGGGGCUGUAGACUUUAGGUGGCAAUAUCCUGUGAAGAGCUGAGGACUCCUUUAGUUUUUGAACUUAUCUCAAAAUAACAAGGGGUACAGUUAAGAAAAAAAGUUAUUGCAUAUAAAACUCUUAAUACUAUCAACUCCUGUUGAGAUCCUACCACACCAAAGAGUCACUUUUGGGCUAUUUGCUCCAAUGUGUUUACCAUCUGUUAAUAUUUUUCAACACAGUGACUUGGCAGCAGAAUCAAAACUCACUUCACACGCACAGAAAACUGAGAGACAUCAGACUGAAUUGAAUCGGAUUAUAUGGUUACAUAUAUAGAUAGCUACACCAUUUCUAGGAAGUCAUGUUCAAUGUGACCACUGGCAUUUUCCCAGUUGGAAGUGAAAGGAAUAUGAGAGGGCAGUAAAUGUUUUACACUGUUGUGA